AUGCCCCUCACCCUCCUCCCCAACCCAUACACCCAAAUUUGGACCGCCCAGAGUCAACCGCGUCUGCAAUUGAACGACCCAUCAAUCGACCUCCCCCGACUCGUCCAACUCAUUGAAGAUUCCUUCGACCGCAAACUCGAUGUACAUGAUUACUUGGAACGCGUGAACGACCGUAUCGCCGGUAUCAUCGUCGCAGGCGAAUACGAAGGCGGCGCAAUUCUCACAUGGGAAACACCACCCGGCGUAAUCGACGACGGCAGUCCCGAAAACGCCGCACGAAUGGUUCCGUACCUGGAUAAAUUCGCAGUCCUCAAGCGCAGCCAAGGUGCCGGUGGUGUGGCAGACGUCGUGUUCAACGCAAUGGUACGCACAUGCUUUCCCGAUGGGGUCUGCUGGCGUAGCCGCAAAGAUAACCCCGUGAACAAGUGGUAUUUUGAGCGGUCAUGUGGCUCUUGGAAGCUGGCUGAUAGUAAUUGGACGAUGUUUUGGACUACGCCUGGUUUACCGGAGGAUACACAGCGAUUCCAGGAUUAUGAGGCUGUUUGCCGGGCUAUUCAGCCUAGUUGGGCUGAUAAUAAAAGCGUUAUUGAUUAG